AUAAUGUUCCACCAAUUUCAACGGAGCGUUGCGUUAUCGAAGCUCCUAGCAGCGUUAUGCACUAUAAAGUCACGUGACUGAUAUGUCAACGCUUUCCAGGCAGAAGGGACAAGCGAUACCACCAAAUACAACACCUGUAACGUGGCCAUCAUUUGGAACAACGAUGUCUGAAGAGGAUCGAAUAAUUGUUCUUGCCAUGGACGGCAGCGAGUAUUCAGAAUAUGCAUUUCAAUGGUACUUGAACAACAUGCGUCGCCCCGUCGAUCACAUUGUGAUAGUCCACUGUCCCGAGUACCACAACAUUGCCUACGCACAGGCUCCUGUCAUGAGUGACGUGAGCCUCAUCACGCAGAUGAUCCACGAGGAAGAGGGGCGGGCCAGGGAGAUGGUGGACACUUUCGGACAGAAGUUGAAAGACAAUGGGCUUCGGGGCAAAGUCCGGAGCAUCGGAGGGAAACCAGGGGAGGUAAUUUGCAAAGUGGCCGAUGAAGAGAAGGCUUGCAUGAUCAUCACCGGCACACGGGGCCUCGGCAAAGUGAGGAGGACAUUUGUCGGCAGCAUCAGCGACUACGUCCUGCACCACAGUCACGUCCCCGUCAUCGUCUGUCGUCACAAGGACCACCACAAACACCACGGCUCACAUAGCGGACAGUAACACGUAGAGGACCAAAUACCCAGCGCUUACGCUUACACAUCCUCGAUUAUCUAGGGUACUAUAUCUCAGUCAUUCUACGAUAAAUGUCCUAGCUCCGUUCAUAACCGCAUUUUCGUUUUGCCCCUGAUUCCAAUUACAUGACGCUAAAGUUUAAAGUAGCCUUCUGAUCGAAUUACCCUCACGAGCGAGAGAUGCAGGAAAAGAUGGAGAAGCUGGCGUCCGAGACCUGCAUCACUUCGGGUUUUCCUCAUACUUUAAGCUGACACGCCGUGAUAUAACUGACAUUCUGUUCAAAGUGGCGUUAAACAUAGCUUAAGUGGUGGUAUGUUGGUGAAUGGGUCAAGGAUAGUUAUCUAAAUAAAAAUGGAGAUGUAUUUCACUGGAUAACCGAGGUUUGAUUCAGAAUAUAGACACUUUACAGGUAGUUACCUAAUACUUAGUUCGUAUCCCCACACUAAACCAUCAGGGGAGAUAACUCUAGAUCAGUCAGGUCAUACCUGUAUACCAUUCGUCACCACUCGCCCCUUUCCGUAACCUGCAAGAAGACUCGUCCCCAUAUCGAUGAAUGUUAUGUGCAAAAAUACGACAAACCAAUCAGAACGCGCGUACGAUUUCAAGUUCUUCAAAGAAUCCCUAAGAAAUAAUUUUUGAUUUUACGUAUGUCUUGCAUCUAAAAAUAUACCCAAGACACAGUUAAAUGUGUUCAAUCAUACUGUAUAAUUCCGCAUGUCCCUUUGUGCUUAACUGCAUCUGAAAUAU